UUUGACCUUUGACAUUUGUUAUGGUUCUGAAUACGGAAAUAGAAAUAUCUUAAAGCUAUGAUUGAGUUAAAGAAAAUAAGAAACCUUCGUGAUGAAAUCGACGAAUUUAUUGCAAGUAGGAAUUCAAAACUGAAGGCGCCAUAUUCAGCGCAUGCCAAACGUGGUGUUCAUCUUUUGAACCAAGAGAAAGAUGGAGGAAUUAUUUUCACAUGGGAAGAAGUGUCUGAAGCAAAUGAGGGAUCAUUGGUUACACAUUUUGGGCUGUACAACGCCGUUUCCAAGAAUUUCCAGGUGAUACACGUGUAUAACCAGCCUGUAUCUGUGGUAUCAGCCUCUGUAAACCAGUCACAGACACUCUUAGCUUUCACAACGGUGUCAAGAAACAGCACAUCAUCAAGCACUGAGCGCUCUACUGGAAAAGAGACGUACAAUGCAUACCUGGCGGAGAUCAAGGCAGCCAACCCGCGGGUGUUCUCACUCAACCUGGAGCGGCACACGUUCAUCAAGGUGCAGUUCCUGUUCGAGGAUAAGCCAGUCGAGAAGGAGACCUACAUGCUGGUCAUGCUGCACAGGGAAUCUAUUGGAUUAUACAAGAUACCCCUGGCCAGAGCUGCAAAUGGCAUGGUCAUGCGAGGUCAGCCCAACACGGAGCAGAUCGGCAAGAAGUUUGUCUGGUGCCAGUGGGACAGCUCCACGCAGACGCUGUUCUACAUUCACAAGCGCAAGGACCCAAAUAACCAGAGACCGCCCAUGUUGACCUGCAUUCAGCUCUACAGCAACGCACAUCACGAGAAUGUGCUUGAUGUUCCUUUGAACUUCCCAAUCACAAGAAAAUUAAGUGGAAGAUGUUCGUAUGCAGAUAUUCCUUUCUGCAGUGGAAUUCCAGACACAACAAUAAAUGCAUGUGUACUGACACUGAGCAAUGGAACAUUCUGCCUGUGCUACCAAAGUUAUGUGGGCCCACCAGAAAGACGCUCAAAAUCCUCUCCACUGCCUCGUACCUCCCCUCUACAGAGGAGCUCUCCACUACAGCAAUCUGGAUCAUACCAGAGACAGAGCAGUGAGACUGACAGCGCAGAACUUAACUACUAUGUCUGCAUGGUGCAUCAUGCAAAGACUCUUCAUGGUUGUGUAUCAAAUAUUCCUGAGCACAUGCAGGGGAAGGCUACUCUGUCCUUUGCUUGGCACGUUGAUACCAUUCUUGUGACGUUGCCGGGAUAUUUUGUUCAUAUUCUCAAUGUUUCCAUUGAGUUUGAACCCUGCAACCACAUUUUACUGCACAGUAAGAGCUACCUGGAAUCUGUUGAGACAAAGCCUGAGGAAGGGUCCACAAGUGCAGCCCCUGGAAUGCAAGGGGCCACAGGAACUGGGGUUGCAGCCCCUGGCAAGAUGCCCCUAGAGGUGGGCGACAGAGUUGCGGCCCCUGGCAAUGUGCCCCUAAAAGGAGGCCAUGGUGUAACUGCCCCUGGCAAUGUGCCCCUGGAAGAGAGCCACAGAAUUACGGCCCCUGGCAAUGUGCCCCUAGAGGGGGGCCAAGUGGGAGAUGACUCCUUCUUGCCCAUGUUACACGAGGGCAGUGAGAGUCUCGUCCUCAUGUCCAGCCCUUCACUCGUGAAUGUUGGAGCCGAAGGCCCUUUGUUAGUGGAUCGCCUUACAGGCUGCGUUUACAGUGUGAGUGUGAACAUGGCGAAACUGAUUCAAACGUUCACAAACUGUCACAUGCCCUUGACACGGGCCGCACUGCUCAACUAUGUCAUCAUCAAGCAGAAGAACUUCACCCUCACAAAACAGCUAUUUGCAGUUGUGUGCAAUGAUAUUCCAAGCCCAGAGGUGCCGACCCUUAUGAUGGAGUUCCUUAUAGCACAGACAUAUGUUGGAAUGCGGAGGCAGGUGGACAGGGAGGCUCUGCGUUUGCUGCCCUUCACCCACACAGAACCCUUUAGGGGCCAGUUUGACAAAACGCAGUCUGGCGAGAGACUCGUCCGUGUCUCCUACUCACCGAUCGAGAGCGUAAACAUAAUGACCAAGUCGGCGCGGGAGCGACAGCAGAAGAAGAGCAGUGUUGCAGACGACUGGCUGGACAUGCUGCGGCGCCACCUACACUGGAUGCAGGUCAACAAGACCAGACGGUUCAACUUUGAGAUGCUCAAGAAACCUUACCAGCAGAUGCAGAGAGAGGAAGAAAAGAAGAACAAAGUCAAAGAAGAAGAAAGCUUUAUUACUAAGAUCAGAAUCAGGAAAUCUGACACGCAGCAAGACAGUGAGGCAGUGGGUCACUAUGGCAGCAAGUCUGACACCAUCCUGGGCACGGCCCCACACUUCCUACAGGGAAACAGGGUCACGGAGGCCUCUGAGACACUCAUGAACUUGACCACAGAGGUGCUGUCUAAACACAUGCUGACAUACUUACUGAAGGAUGGAAAGGUCAAGGCCAACACGGCAAAGGAUUAUGUUAGUUGCCAGCAAACACAAAGUCGUCUGCUGUGUCACUUGCUGUGGACGUUGAGAGGUCAACAUUUAGGACAUCCUGAAGACAGCAGCCUUCCUAGCCUGUGCAUGCGAGCAGAUGUGGAUGAGUACGAGUUGUUCCAGCUGUUGGAGCGUUACUGGAUGACGGCCAGGGAGCUGUACUUCCCUGUACCACUGGGAUUCCAGGCAUACUUUGCCUGUCUGGCCUUCAGGUGUCUCCACUUUAGGAUGUUCCUGCAGUAUGUGCGCCAUGGCAUUGUGCCGCUCACUGGGGACUUCAUGGCUCAGCUUACCACAGAGUUGCCGGAUGUAGAGGAAUACGUUCUGUUGAAGCGUACCGUGAUAUCGCAGCUCUCACUGAGUGAGGCGGAGGAAUGCUAUCAACUCUGGGGCCACAUCUCGUGUAACACGUACCUCGCCCAUCGCUACGUCGACAAGAUCCUAGCGGAGCAGCGACCCUCGCUGGAUACCAGCAGUCUGGACAGCAUGAGAAACACCCUUGCAGCAGAGGGCAAGAACAGCGAUAUUGUUGAAGUCUCCUUCCAGCCCCUUGCUGCAUUCUUUAGGCAUCUGCAUAAAUCUGACCGGCCAGGAACCAGUGAGCGUGGCAGCCCCCUCCACUUCCAGGCCUUGGAGGAAGUGGCCCUGCAACACACCCACCAUGAGACCACAUACGACAUGGGGACAGUGAACUUUUAAUGUUGGCUACAGAGUGUUUGUGUGCAUUUUAAAGGUUAUGAAGUUCUUCUGCCUCUGCAUUAUGUGUGGAUUUAGAGUGUGUCUUGGCGCUUGUACCUCGUUAACUGACUAGACUCACGAAAGGUUUGACAAAAUGUCCAAUUAUAGCUGCAUUUUCCUGCUAUUUAUUUCGUUGUUACUAAAAGAUUUAAAUUUGGUCGAGUCUUUUGUUGUCUGAGAAAGCAGGAGUACCUAGAAGAAAUCCCACCUGUACGGUAUGUUGACCACCAACCAUACUCACAUCUUCCAGAAACAAAGAUUGAACCAUUCUCUUAGGUGAGAAGCACGUGAACCUACCACUGCGCUUAUCGGACUGCUUAACCAGGCCACAUAUGAACAGUGACCAUCUUAUAAUAACCACAUGGGAACAGUGAAAUUCAAAUACCGCCACAUGGGAACAAUGAACUUCUAUUACUGGCCACAUGGGAAAAGUGAACUUUCAAUACUUGCCACAUGGGAAUGGUGAAACUUUCAAUACUUGCCACAUGGGAACAUUGAACUUCUAAUACUGGCCACAUGGGAACAGUAACUUAAUACUGGCCACAUGGGAACAGUAAACUUUUAAUACUGUCCACAUAGGAACAGUGAACUUCUAUUACUGGCCACAUGGGAACAGUGAACUUCUAAUACUGGCCAAUGGGAACAGUGAACUUCUAUUACUCGCCACAUGGGAACAGUGAGCUUCUAGUACUCGCCACAUGGAAACAGUGAACUUCUAUUACUCGCCACAUGGGAACAGUGAACUUCUAAUACUGGCCACAUGGGAACAGUGAACUUCUAAUACAAGACUUCUACUUCUGGCCAUAUAUGAACCGUGAACUUCUAAUACUGGCCACAUGGGAACAGUGAACUUCUAUUACUCGCCACAUGGGAACAGUGAACUUCUUAUACUGGCCAUAUAGGACCUGUGAACUUCAAAUACUGGCCACAUGGGAACAGUGAACUUCUAAUACUGGCCACAUGGGAACCAUGAACUUCUAUUACUCGCCACAUGGGAACAGUGAACUUCUAAUACUGGCCGCAUGGGGACUGUAAACUUCUAAUACUUGCCACAUGGAAACUGUAAACUGUUACUGGAUGUUUGAAUUUCCUUACCUGUUCAACAGGAAACUUCUUCUAUAAAAAAUAUUGCAUGGUUGGUACAUGCAAGAAAUGUGUUGUUAAGAAAUAUAUAGAGAGAGACAAAGAUGUUGUUAAGAUAAUAAAAUGAAUUAUAUUACAAUAUAUUUUAUAUGUGCAAUAUGUUAGUGGAUGAUGAUAGUGUGUUUCGUAUUGUUGUAUUAUUGUUGUACGACACAUAUUAUUAUAAUUAUAGUAUGUUGUUGCAACUUAACAUAUCAGUUGUGUUUUAAGAAAUAAAUUGUUAUAUAUAA